AUGGUACGCACUAGAAGAAAGGAAUAUGCUGAUUCGAAGGAGGACGACGACAAAACCUCCCGAAGUACUUCGCACAAAAGAGGCAAGAAAUACACAGAAUACGAUAGUACGGAAGAAGAAGAUUUCUUUGAAGAUUGUUACGAUAUGAUCGAUUCUGAAACAGAGAUAUUGUCAGAAGAAGAGGAAAAGAAGAGAAAACAAGCAAAAGUACGUGUUCCGAAAAAGAAAAUCAAAAAGAGUACAGAAGAGCGAUUGAAACAAGUGGUAGGAGAAGACAAUUCCCAAAAUAUGAAAGAGGGAGAAGCGGCAGUAGAUCAAGAAGACGAUGACAAUGAUGAAUCAGGCGGUUCUUCCUCGUUCAACACCAAAAGAUUAUUGGACGCUCGUUCAAAGAAAGCGAAACGAAUGGACUGGGAACAAGGUUUUUUCUAUUUGCCCAAGUUCGAUUGUUAUUUACCAAGACAUCUCUUGCAUUCAAUUUUGGGUUAUUUACCUGCAUUCCCUUAUUAUUUGACAAUAAGACUUACAAGUCAACAGUGGCUUGAUGAUUUUGAAAAUGUGAUGUUUCAAGAACUAAAAGAAUUGGAUUUAGUUCAAAGAAAUGAGUCGCCAGAAGCCACCAUCAAAUAUCGAUACCCAUGGUACAAUCCACAAGUGUCAACAAGAAUGAACAAUGAUUGUAUUAGAUUCCUUGGAGUUCUAUUCCCAAACAUUGAGAAGUUAAUUUUACCUUCCGUGGAUGAGAAAUUGCGAGUACCCCAAAAAUUGCUAGCCAGUUUUCCCAAGCUUGAGACCGUUCAGAUAUUUUACCUUCCACCAUUCCAUACAUGGAGAACUUGUUACAGGCAAGAUAUAAUUAACGUUCAACAUUUAGAAAACGCCUAUUUUCAAAACUUUGCCAAGAUUUAUAUGGUUAAAUCUGAAAACUCAACGCUGGUUUCAAUACCCAGUCACACAACAAGUGAAGAAAUCAUGAAUAUCCUAAAGUAUUUUGUUGAGACUGAGAGAUUUUCUUUAGACAAGACAAGAAUUAUCACUUCAUUACAUCCUACUCACUUUAGUACUUCAUUAAUUGAUUACAUUUUACAGGUAAACGAAAAACAACAAAACGCCGGCUAUGAACCCAUUACCUUUACUGAAGACGACAUUAGACCAAGUUUUAGCUCUAUAUUUGUUGGAUUACUUGAUCCUAUCAUGGACUAUAUGUUGGAAACACAAUUCUUUAAGAAAUUAACGGCUACUGGAAGUAUCAUUCGUCCUAGUGUUGUGAAUACCAUACUUGGUUCUAUAAUUUCAGUGAAAAUUGCCAAACUUUUAUUCGAGCAAGCAGAGUGGCCUUUUGUUUUUGAUGAUGCCCAGAAUCCAUUGUUGUUCAUAAUUAAUAACGCUAGAAAUACCAUUGUUGCUUCAGAAUUGAUUUCGUUCUUUUGUAAAUUGAAACCUCAGUUGAUAUCUUUGGGUGAUGAGAAUGGUAUUAUUGGUAACAACAAGGCAUCGUUGAACAUUCUAAAUGUCUAUCUAAGCAUGAAUAAGGCACUCAAAGCUGACGACCUCAUUAUUGAAGCACUUCAUAGCAAUGGUGCUGACAUUACUGCUGUAUGUCCAAGCACGGGUAACAAUUUAUUGCAUACAUGUCCUUUUUCAGAAUACUUGUCACAGCAUCUUCCAAAAGAAUACUUUUUAGCCAAAAACAAUCGAAACUUCAAUCCUUUGGAGCGACUUUUGAAACGUAUUGAAGUUGACAAUGAUAUUCCUGAAGAAAAGGUCGAGCAAGCAAUUAGAGCAUUCUGCAACGCCUACAAAAAGUUCAACAUUUCUUUGAACGAUUUGGUGUUUGAAAAUGAAAUGAGUUUGUUACACAAAAUCAUUACACUGCACAAACCUUUUGCCAUUCCUGAGCUUGUGAGCGCUGGUCUGGAUGCCAACAAAAUUGAUCAUCAGGGAAAAACGCCUCUCCAUCUUAUUAUUGAAAUGUGCUCUGAUGAGGGCUCUCGAUUUUUCACAGCGUGUGAAAAGUUAAUAGAAGUCAUGGACGUUGCAUUGAUUAACAAGGAAGACAAAUCUGGCAAGACCGCUCUUUGCUACUUAUUGGAGCGGUAUACACCUCUUCCUGUUGGCAACUCCUUUUUUACAUUCAACGUUGCUGACACUCAAGACAGCCAUCUCAAAGUAAUAGCGCUACUGCUUGCAAAAGGAGCCGAUUUAAACCGUUCAAUUCAAGCCAUGGAUGGCGAUGGCUUUGUAAAGGAUAACUUUGAACUCAAUAGAGGGCUUGUGUUGGCGUCUUGGCUUUUUUCAGCUCCUCUAGUUGCACCAGAUACACUUGGCAAAGUUCUCAAAUAUUUGGAUAACUUGAAUGAAUUGCUAGUCUCCCCUAUUGACCUGCAAGGUGUUAACAUUUCACCAUUGUGUGUCAUGCUUUCUGCAUGGACACACAAUAACCCAAAAGUUUCCAAUAUGCAACAAGUAUUUCAAGGAGAUUACCCCGUACUUGACAAAGAAUUGCUGAAGAAGAGUAUUGUAACAGUGAAUGGCAAACAAGUGGACCCUGUUUUGUACGUUCUAUUCAGCAGACCGUUUAAUGCCAACAAUUUAUGGCGUGCCAUUGAAGCCCUAAUGUUCGUACCUGUCCAAGCUAACACGGGGAUGUGGUGGAUACAUCAAGAGUGCAAUGAAGCCGAUCUUUGCAAUUCAUUGCUUCGGUAUCAAUAUGAAGAUGAUGAAUUUGGAACAAUGAACAUCCUUCACAUUGUUUGCAAGACCGAGAACAAAGUUCUGUUGGAGAAUCUCUUAAACAUGCUGAAACGACACAAUUUACCGCAAUUGUCUACACUAUUAGUCUCAAAAACAUCAAAAGGUCAUGAUGUGCUUGAUAUUAUCAGCCAAUGUGGAUGCUAUACUUCUGGAAUAUCAUUGAUGAAUUAUGCUGAAAGUUUAAGCACUCAGAUGAAUUGGUCAAAACAAAAUUUGAGAACAGCAUUUUGCAAUUACAAGUACAAGCUUUGCUUUUUGAUAUUGUGUGAGCAUGACGAAUUGGUGGACGAAUUUUCUUUGGACGAAUUAAUGGAAAUAUGUAUCGGAUAUACCAUAGAGUCUGACGAAUACCAGAAAGAUUUCCAAGUCAGCGUUAUUGACAUGCUUGAACAUAUUUUCAAACACACAAAACAAGACAAAAACUCUAAACUCAACAUACUUACAAAGCCCCUCACUAUUACUCGAAUCAAACCAGCAAAGAAUUUAUAUGAAAAGUUCUCUACACGACGAGCAUUAGGAACUGCUUUGAAUCAGGCAAUGUCAACCUGUGCAAGGAUUUCUCAAUCGGUCGAAACAGAAACCGUUCGCCGCGAACUAUCUUGGUUGGAACUUAGUUAUUGGAAAGGUUUGAAUUAUUUGGUAAUCUACAUCCUCCACAAUGACACAUCCUAUAGAAAGAAGAAACAAAUCCUUACUAAUUGUAACUUGGAUCAAUCCAAGAUUAUUGAAUGGUUGACAAGAAAGAUCAAUCCUAAAGGCGCUAGCAUAUUACACUUACUUUGUGAAGAUCCUCCUUGUGGGCGCUCGGUUUAUUCGAUGAAUUCGAUCAAGCACGAAUUGCUCGAGGACGUACUGAAAUUCCUUUCCAAAACAGACCAAUUUGAUGAAGUGGUGAACAUACAGGAUGAUAAUGGAGAAAGCCCACUAUUUUAUGCCAUUAGAAAUCAAAAUGGUUGGGAGCAAUUGCUAAGACUGAGCGAUCUUAAAUUGAAGAAUAAGGACGGAAAAACUGUUGACCAAUGUCACGACGUCACAUUUUGCGCUCAUUAUUUCGAGAGCAGCAGUGACGACGAAGAACAGAAAAUGAAAGAUGAAGAAGAGGAAAAGAAAGUUGUUGCCACAAAGAAGAAACAAACAGGCACAACCAAAACCAAAAGACAAACCAAGAAAAAGUAA